AUGGCUACAACGGCAGCAAACACUCAAAGACAAACGAUAGGCUGCGAGGAAUACAGCCUGUACAGCAGCCUCAGUGAAGACGAGCUCAUAAAGAUGGCCAUCCAGCAGAGCUUGGGAGAGGACCCUGUGUGUCAGCCAGAUGCCCAGAGCCACCAGAAGUCGAUGGUGGCACGUCCUAGCGAGGCGGCUGCCCCUAGCCACUCCAGCGGCCACAACCCGAACUACCACAUCUACCCUUGGCAAAGACUGGCAGCCCAGCCAAGGGGCCGUGCUCAGCCAUCCAGCUCGGGGGCAGCCUGGGGGGUCAGGCGAAGGUACGACGGCAGCCUCUUCAGCACAUCCCAGCCAAUAGAACUUGAUCCUGUAGUGGCAGCAAUCAAGGAUGGAGAUGAAAAAGCAGUAAGCAACAUGAUGAAAUCAGGAAAAGACCUUUCUGAACCUAAUAAGGAUGGCUGGAUACCCCUUCAUGAAGCUGCAUACUAUGGCCAAGUGGGUUGCCUGAGCUUGUUGCAAAAAGCAUACCCCACCACAAUCGACCAGCGCACCCUCAAUGAGGAGACAGCUCUCUACCUGGCCACCAGCCGGGGCAACCUGGACUGCUUGCUUACCCUGCUGCAGGCUGGGGCCGAGCCCGACAUCUCCAACAAGGCCAGAGAAACGCCACUCUACAAAGCUUGUGAGCGCAAGAAUGCAGAGGCUGCAAGACUCCUGGUACAGUACAAUGCUGACACCAACCAUCGUUGCAAUCGAGGAUGGACUGCUCUCCAUGAGGCUGUCUCCCGAAAUGACCUGGAGAUUAUUGAUAUACUUGUGAAAGGGGGUGCCAAGAUUGAGUCCGCAAAUGCCUAUGGGAUCACUUCUUUAUUCGUGGCAGCUGAGAGUGGGCAGUUGGAAGCUUUGAGAUACCUAGCAAAAUGUGGUGCUGAUAUAAAUACUCAAGCCAGUGAUAAUGCCUCUGCUCUUUAUGAAGCUUGUAAAAAUGGACACGUACCUAUUGUGGAGUUUCUUUUGUCCCAAGGAGCAGAUGCUAACAAAGCCAAUAAGGAUGGCCUGUUACCUCUUCACAUAGCAGCGAAAAAAGGGAUUUGCAAGAUUGUCUCCAUGCUGAUCCCGGUGACCAGCCGCACCCGCAUCAAGCGUAGUGGCAUCAGUCCCUUGCACUUAGCAGCUGAACGCAACAAUGACGACAUCUUGGAAGAGCUGAUCGAUGCUGGCUAUGAUGUUAACACUGCUCUGUCCAAUGAACGGUCCUGCCUUUAUGAGGACAGACGCACCACCCCCCUCUAUUUUGCUGUUUUUAACAACAACAUCUACGCAACAGAGCUCCUGCUGCAAGCUGGAGCCAACCCCAAUGUAGACCUCAUUAACCCAUUGCUCAUCUCCAUCCGCCAUGGCUGCCUGAAGACCAUGAAACUGCUCCUUGACCAUGGAGCAAACAUCGAUGCCUAUAUAUCAAGCCACCCCACCACAUUUCCAGCCACCAUCAUGUUUUCAAUGAAGUACCUUUCUGUGCUGAAGUAUCUCCUGGAUCUGGGCUGUGAUGCAGGUUCCUGUUUUGAGUGUCAGUAUGGAAAUGGCCCACACCCCGCAUUAAAUUACAGACGGGACACACUUAACGAUCCUCAGGUGUCCAAGGAGCCAACUGUAGUACAGUUUUGUGAAAUGGUGUCUACUCCAGAGAUUAGUCGCUGGGCCGGACCGAUCAUCGAUGUUCUUCUGGAUUAUGUGGGUAAUGUGCAGCUCUGUUCCCGGCUCAAGGAGCAUAUUGACAGCUAUGAGGACUGGGCUGUCAUUAAAGAAAAAGCAGAGCCCCCAAGACCUCUUUCCCAUCUUUGCCGCAUUAAGGUACGAAGCCUGGUUGGAAGAAAUCGCAUUAAACUUCUUGACACCUUGCCUCUCCCGGACAGACUGAUUCGAUACUUACAGCAUAAUUACACACAGUGACCCAAGGCACACUGGACACACAGCAGCUUCCCGCCAUGACACCCAGCAUCAUCAGCAUGGCAAGGGCACGCAUCGUGCAUGGUGGGGAGGAAUUGCUGGUGGCUUGGUCAAGCGCCCUCCAAUGACUAAUCCAAGAAAAAUACACUUCUGAAGCAUGAGUGAGAAGAAAAUGGAGGAGACAGGGAGCUAAACACAGGACUAUUGUUAGGUUUUCCAAAAGAAAACACAUGAUUCACCUCAAAGCUUGGUCUGCAAAGAACGAGAAAUGAAAGCCAGCACUGAAAACCGAGCAGUGCCAGAGCAAGUAUCAGUGAGGAAUUCAAAGGUAUCCUGGGGUUGUGGUGGAGAUUAGCAUCCCUGCUGUAAUCAAAAUUCAGAAAUUGUCAAGAGUAAACGUAUUUGGGAAAGCAAACACAUUUCCUUCACCAACAGAUUUUUAUUUUAGUUUCUAUUCUACUGUUUGGAUUUCUGCUAAGUGUGCUGGUUGCUAAUUCUCUGAUACUUUGACACCAUCUUGCUAACACUUUUGCUUUCAUUUUUUGGACCUUUCUUACUGAGUACUUAAUUUCUGAACAUUCAAAUCUCAGAACUUUUUAAUAGACUAAAAUCCAGAAAUGCUGAUUCCUGUAAAAGUCAAGGAAAGGUUUCAUUAAAGAAAGAUGUAAGAACUGUAUUUGCACAUAGUGAAUACAGUUAAUUUUGCAUUACAUUUGCAGUAAGAAAAAAGUGAAAUUCUGCUUGAGAGCAUUUUCUAGACUGGGGAUUGGAAACAAUUCUGAGUUCUUGGUGUUGUUUCUUUUGGGGGGAGGGUGGGGUGUAAAUUAGAAGUGGCUGCACCGUAAACAGUAGCUUUACUUUGUCAUGGAGCUGGUGUCAGGACAGAACAGAGCCCUACGGGAGCAGGAACAGAA